GGACGUGGCUGCGCAUGCGUGAGCUAGAAAAGUGCGUUUUAGAAUGAUUAGUGCUGGGCAGCGCAGAGGCAGAUUAUAUGACUCCACACAACUGUUGUUUUAAUCCCCUGGAAGAAGAGAUUUAGCAAGAAAAACCACUGCCUUUAAACCCAGCAGCCAUAUUGUAUGGAAAAGCGACGGGAAGACUCCAGUUUUCAGAAAAAACUGCACUCCCAAGAAACCCCCUGCCAGGAUUUAAGGGGAGUUUUAAUUUGCUUUUCAGCGGCGGUUGGGUUUCUGUUACACAGCUAGCUCAGCAGCUGGCUGGGGAACACAGGCGCUGGGAGUAGUUUUCCAUUCCAUUUGGUGCAAUAUUGGCUCUUUUUGUUUGCUUGUUCGGACUUUUGUAUCACACAACUAAUAAUGAAGGACCGAUUGGAACAGCUGAAAGCGACUUGUGAUCAAGAUGACGACGAGGUGGAGAUUUCUAUGGACAACGCAGCCUUCAUGGACGAGUUCUUCUCUCAGAUUGAGGAGAUCAGGAACAGUAUUGAUAAAAUUGACCAGAACGUGGCUGAAGUCAAAAAGCUUUACUCAGUCAUCUUGUCUGCUCCCACCUCAGAUCAGAAAACACAGGAUGACUUGGAAGCAAUCACCCUUGACAUAAAGAAGAUGGCCAACAAUGCAAGAAACAAACUCAAGACAAUUGAGAGAAAUCUGGAGUCAGAACAGCAGGAGAGGGUGUCAGCUGAUAUACGGAUACGUAAAUCACAGCAUGCUGUGCUGUCCAGGAAGUUUGUGGAGGUCAUGACAAAGUAUAAUGAGGCUCAGGUGGACUUCAGGGAAAGGAGUAAAGGACGUAUUCAGAGACAGCUGGAGAUAACUGGAAAAGCUACAACCGAUGAAGAGCUGGAGGAGAUGUUGGAAAGUGGAAAUGCUGCUGUUUUCACUGCCGGGAUUGUGGACUCUGGGAUCUCAAAACAAGCCCUGAGUGAGAUUGAAUCCAGGCAUAAAGACAUUGUCCGUCUGGAAAGUAGCAUCAAGGAGCUGCAUGAUAUGUUUGUAGACAUCGCCAUGCUGGUGGAGAGCCAGGGGGACAUAGUAGACAACAUAGAGCAGAAUGUAUCUCAGUCAGUGGACCACAUUAUACAGGCAAAGGAGGAGACUAAAAAAGCUGUAAGGUACCAGACCAAAUCCCGCAAGGGGGGGAUGAUUGACAGGAUUGAGAGCAACAUGGACCAGUCGGUGGGCUUUGUGGAGCGAGCUGUUGCAGACACGAAGAAAGCUGCCAAGUUUCAGCAAGAGGCUCGCCGUAAGAUGAUCUUCAUCGGUAUAUGCUGUGCUGUGGUUUUAGUCAUCAUCCUCAUUAUUGUCCUCACUCAGACCCUAUAAUAGGACCUGCCGUAUUGCUACCAUCACCAUCAUGUGUUUACUUCAUGCAGCCCGUCCAUUUUUUCAUCAUCUGCUAAAAACUGGUGCAAAUUACUUCAUGUGGAUCAGUGCUGCUGACCUGGUGUGAAAAGAGGAACUUUUUUGACUUCCUCAGUUUUAGACAAUCUACGGAUGCUCGGAUGAGGAAAUGAGUUGAAAUGGGGCCCAGUACCUGCUUACACCUCUGUGGAAGCCAAAAAGGGAAACUGGAAACAUAACUGACUGUUUCAUCACUCCACUGUCACCAAACAUUUCAUUGUUUAACAUUUAUGUUUGUCUUAACUAUGCAGGAGCACAUGCCACCCCCCCCCCCCUCCUUCUUGCCUCAAUGAGCCUCGACACAUAUGACUACUUUAAAAGCUACUGAAUGUCCACUGCUCCAGGUUAUGGUUGGUUUUCAGGGGGUUCCAGCACUUUCACUGUUAACUAUUAAAUUAAGCUAAGAUUUAUGUAAUUAUAUUGUAAAUAAUAGAAGUCAUAAUUGUACACUGUUGACAUUCAAUCUUGUAAGAAGCUUAAGGUCUUGAAAAUGUUCAUUUUAAAUAUGAAGGAUGACACAUUCCAGCAACAUUGAAAGAAAAGACUAGAAAGUUAUACGUUGAAAUUGUACCUUGAAUUUGAUCCUGUUAAACCAGUUAACGUGUAGAAAUGAAACUAUGCUAUAAACAUACUACCUAAGAGACGACAGAGGCUAGAAUUAACACUAGUAAAAACAUUUUCUAUUUGACAGGUUUUUACAUAGAAAGGGACAACUAAAUCAAAAGGAAAGUCUCUCAUUCUAACAGCUCUUUUUAGGUGUAUUAAGCAAUUGUUACCACAGUAAACAUACAGCUAAGCUGCCAGUUUAUCAUUCAGUUUCCUGUUAGAAUGAUGUUCAAGGCAAUUCUAGUUUUCUUAGUGUUCAUUAGGUUGAUAUUUUGUCAUCAGAUAAUUUACCAGAACCUCAAUCAGUUUAUAUAUAUAUAUAUACAAAUUUUGUUGGGUAAAAAGGUUGAGCUUGUUUAUUCAAAACGUUAUUUCUAGUGAGAUGAACUUGAUCAACUGGCUGCUAAGUUGAAUUUGAGUUGGUAGCCAUUAUUGUCCUACGCAGGUAAUAUUCCAGACUGACAGUUUACAAAACAUUGUAUUGGCUUUAGCAUUUGUAGGAUGGUUGUUAGUGUGUAUUUAAAGAUAAUCAAUCAGUUGUCAAGAGCCAAAGCAUUUUCUUUUCAAGAUUCUGUAUGCAGGAAAUACUUGAAAUCAGCGUCCAACAUGAUUUUUGUGGUCCUGCAGGUCACAGAAGGAUGAGGGAGAAAAACAAUUCAAGCUGCUGCACAUUUUGUUUAUGUCAAAUAUUUCAGAAGAAUUAAAGAUGAGUUUUUUUUAAGCCUGAGCUUCUGUCCUGUUUUUGAGUCACAAUCCCAAAUAUACUGUAUGUCUUGCAAAAGUAAUCAUGAAUACAUUGGGAUUUCAUGUAGUAGGCCAAGAUAAAGUAACGCAUAUUUGUAAAGUCAAAGGGGAAAGUGUACAUAACUUUUUAAAAUAAAAAUCUGAAAACUGUAA